UUAGCAGCUCAGCUCUCGCUGUCUAGGUUCGCAGUUCGCAGAGAGUCCGAGUGAAUUUAGCUGCACAGGAUGAACCUGACAAGCAAGAAUCACCGCAUUCCUCUGUCUGAUGGGAACACCAUCCCCAUCAUUGGGCUCGGAACAUACUCCUCCAACAGGACAACCACCGCGCUCGAGUGUUAUGAGGCGGUGAAGCAGGCGAUUGACAUUGGUUACCGGCACAUCGACGGGGCCUGGAUAUAUGGCAACGAGGCGGAGGUGGGGAGGGCUGUGCGUGAGAAGAUAGCAGAUGGCAUCGUGGAGCGGAAAGACAUCUUUUACUGUGGAAAGCUGUGGAAUACGUGUCACCCGCCCGAGUUGGUGCGGCCAACGCUGGAACGUUCUCUGGCCAAGUUAAAGUUUGACUACAUUGACUUGUACCUUAUCGAGUUGCCCAUGGCUUUUCAGCCUGGAGAUGACAAUUACCCCAAAGAUGAGAAUGGAGCCAUUCGGUACUACCGCACUGAGCUGUGUGCUACCUGGGAGGCGAUGGAGGCCUGCAAGGACGCUGGACUAGUGAAGUCUAUCGGAGUCUCAAACUUCAACCGUCGACAGCUGGAGGCGAUUCUGAAUAAACCGGGUCUGAAGCACAAACCUGUGGCCAAUCAGGUAGAGUGUCACCCAUACUUCACUCAAAUCAAGCUGAAGACAUUCUGUGAAUCUCAUGACAUUGUGCUGGUCGGCUACAGCCCGCUGGGGACCUGCCGUGACAAGCUGUGGGUGAAUAUGAAUCUGCCGCCGCUGCUGGAGGAUGAACUGCUGGUGUCUGUGGGGAAAAGGUGGAACAAGAGCAGUGCCCAGGUGGCCCUGCAUUACCAACUCCAACGAAACGUGGUCAUCAUUCCCAAGAGCUUCAACCCCCAGCACAUUCAAAGCAACUUCCAGGUCAGAGUUUAACAUGUCAGCGAGGGG